ACGUCAGCGCCAGUAGCUGGUGAUUGAAUCAGAAGCGAUGGCCGGGAUGAGCGGGGCAGCGCGAGCGGUCUGAACCAUGAACACACGGAGCGAACGCGCUUGAAAUAAACACACACCGCUUUAUUACAGACUGACGGAGACACCGGACAGAGCAUGAAGCUGGUCCAUAAAGACAUCGAGAAGGAUAAUGCCGGUCAGGUGACGCUGAUCCCCGAGGAGGCCGAGGACAUGUGGCACACUUAUAACCUGAUACAAGUGGGUGACAGCCUCAGAGCCUCCACCAUCAGGAAAGUGCAGACAGAGUCGUCUACAGGCAGCGUGGGAAGCUCGCGAGUACGUACCAUGCUCACCAUCUGCGUCGAGACCAUCGACUUUGACUCGCAGGCGUGCCAGCUUAGAGUCAAAGGCACCAACCUCGAGGAGAACCAAUACGUCAAGAUGGGUGCCUACCACACCAUUGAGUUGGAGCUGAACAGGAAGUUCACCCUGGCUAAGAAAGUGUGGGACAGCAUAGUUCUCGACCGCAUCGACCAGGCGUGCGACCCGGCGCAGAAGGCAGACGUGGCGGCCGUGGUGAUGCAGGAGGGUCUCGCCAACCUGGUGCUCGUGACUCCGGCCAUGACGCUGCUGAGAGCCAAAGUGGAGAUCAAUAUUCCACGCAAGAGGAGGGGAAGCUGCGCUCAGCACGAAAAGGCGCUGGAGCGAUUCUACGACGCUGUCAUGCAGGGAAUUCUGAGACACUUCAACUUUGAUGUGGUGAAGUGUGUCCUGGUGGCGAGUCCAGGUUUCGUUAAGGAUCAGUUCAUGUCGUACCUCUAUAAAGAAGCGGUCAGGCAGGAGUGCAAGGUUCUACUGGAGAACAGGCCCAAAUUCAUGCUGGUGCACGCAUCAUCCGGCCACAAGUACUCUCUCAAAGAGGUUCUGUCUGAUCCGGCCGUCACGAGUCGUCUGUCUGAUACAAAGGCUGCAGGUGAAGUGAAAGCUUUGGAGGAUUUUUACAAGAUGCUGCAACACGAACCUGAUCGAGCUUUCUACGGGCUAGCACAUGUGGAAAAAGCGAGCGAAGCGUUAGCCGUCGAUAUCCUGUUGAUCAGCGACCAACUGUUCAGACAUCAAGAAAUCGCUACUCGGAGCCGAUACGUGCGGCUUGUGGAUAACGUGAGGGACAACGGCGGGACAGUCAGGAUAUUUUCAAGCUUGCACGUUUCAGGGGAGCAACUAAAUCAGCUCAGCGGCGUGGCAGCCAUCUUGCGCUUCCCGAUCGCAGAUGUCUCUGAUGGCGAAGAAGGCAGCAGCUCUGAUGAAGACUGACGGGAGAGAAACUCGCAGGGCGUCCGGGAUGAUCUCUAACACCAUACACACCUCACGAACGUGUUAAAACAGCUACUCCAUCAUAAGAACAGCAUGAUGAAAUGUGCCUUUAAUGCCUAUGUGGUCCAAUGAUACCAAGGACUGAUAUAGUGAUAUAUUGGUAUCACAGUAUAAAGAAAUAUCCAACAGGAUUUUUUUUUUUUUUUUGGCAGUGAUGUACACAAAUCAUAGACUUUAUUUUGUGUCAUAACAUGAAUAACGCAAUACCACCAAGAAAAUAAACCAAGAAUGAAUCAAUAUUUAUUUUCACUUAAAAUCAGCCACCAUUUAAGGGAAAAAACCCUUUGCUUAGCCUAAAUCUUUAAAAACCUCAGUAAUAAGAGGGAUUUCAUUUACCUGGAUUUUUUACGGUGCCAAAGGAAAGAAACCGAAAGAACAAAUUUAGAUGUAGCUUUUGUUUUAAUUUCAAUUGUAAAUAAUACAAAUGUGUUACUCUCAUUAAAACAGCUGCAGCGUUUCAAAAGCAUAAA